AUGUCGGUCGCCAAAUCGCGCUGGGCAAACGACGACCCAGAGACCGAAGCAAUCAUCGCCCAGCGCAGGCGCGAAAAGGAGGAGAAGCGCCGCGCCAAGGUGGAAAAGCAGCGCCAGCUCGAGGAAGCCAGCAGAGUUCCGGCUCCCACAAAGUCGGCCGACACAGCACAGGGAGUCAAUGGGGACGUGGGACCGCCGAAGAAGCGAAGGAGAUUGUCGAAUGACCCCGAUGCGCCUUCGGCGGCCGACGAAGUCCUGAAGAGCGAGGAGCCGAAGAAGCAGUCAAGCUUGCUGAGGUUCCCUGUGAGUGAAUGGGGACCUUGUAGGCAUGUUGACAACUUCGAGCGGCUGAAUCAUAUUGAGGAGGGCUCGUAUGGAUGGGUGUCGAGGGCGAAAGACAUCACGACGGGUGAGGUAGUCGCGCUGAAGAAAUUGAAGAUCGAGAACUCGCCGGACGGGUUCCCGGUGACGGGGCUACGGGAGAUUCAAACGCUUUUGGAGGCGCGGCAUCCGAACGUUGUCUAUCUACGAGAAGUGGUUAUGGGUAACAAGAUGGAUGAUGUUUACUUGGUCAUGGACUUCCUCGAACACGACCUCAAAACCCUCUUAGAUGAGAUACGCGAACCAUUCCUUCCGUCCGAGAUCAAGACCCUACUCCUGCAGGUCGUGGGUGGUCUUGACUUCCUACACUCACAAUGGAUCAUGCAUCGCGACCUCAAGACCUCCAACCUCCUCGUGAACAAUAGGGGUGAGGUCAAGAUCGCUGACUUUGGCAUGGCGCGAUACUAUGGCGAUCCACCACCCAAGCUGACUCAGCUCGUCGUGACUCUUUGGUACCGGUCCCCGGAGCUCCUACUAGGCGCCGACAAAUAUGGCACGGAGAUUGAUAUGUGGAGCGUUGGCUGCAUCUUCGGCGAGCUUCUCACCAAGGAGCCUUUGCUGCAGGGUAAGAACGAAGUUGACCAGGUCUCCAAGAUCUUUGCCUUGACAGGCCCCCCAAAUCAGCAGACCUGGCCAGGCUUCCGAUCCCUGCCCAAUGCAAAAUCAUUGCGUUUGCCACCGACGUCUGCAUCGCCUGCUGGAAAUCCACCAUUACUGCCCCGCUCGCGAUUUCCAUAUCUCACCAACGCAGGCUUGGACCUGCUGUCGUCACUGUUAGCACUGAACCCGGCUUCCCGCCCAACUGCACAGCAGUGCCUAGCACAUCCAUACUUCCGAGAGGACCCUCGUCCCAAGCCCAAAGAGAUGUUCCCGACGUUCCCAUCCAAGGCUGGUAUGGAGAAACGGAGGCGCCACCAUACACCUGAAGCCCCUAAGCGGGGCCAAGAUGCACCUGAGCUGGACUUUGCGGGUGUAUUUGGCGGUGCGCCUGGAGGAGACUCAGGCGAGGCCGGUGCAGGAUUUACGCUUCGCCUGGGAUAA